CGUUUUAAAUUUAUCUAUCAAGGAAACGCCGUGUAUGAGUGGGAACAGUCCUUAAACGAGGUCGUAAUUUACAUUCCAGCUCCGAAGUUUUUGGAAUCGGCUUCGCAAUUGUCUUGUGAUAUACAGGCAAAUCACCUGAAGCUGGGUUUAAAAGGCAGCAAGAGUCUGUUUAUUGAUGAGAAGACAUGUAACACUAUUGAGACGGCAGAAAGUACAUGGUGUUUGGAAGAUGGAAGUAUAGUGCUUUAUUUACAAAAGGCCAAUAAGGGGCUGGUGUGGGCGUCAGCUCUAACCGGGCGUUUUGAUGUCGAAUUGAACGUCGCUCAACUGGAACAGGUAAGGAAGAAGAUCAUGUUGGAACGAUGGCAAGAAGAGCAUCCAGAAAUGGAUUUUCGGGACGCAGAGUUUAAUGGCAGUGUUCCAGACCCCAGAAGUUUUAUGGGUGGCGUUGGAUACGGAUGA